GGUGUCCGCUUCCCACUGCUGCCGCUGCCCAACCUGCGGCUGCGUCAACUCAGCGACACAAGGCGGCAUCACAAUAUGCAACUUAGAGACCUCCGACUUCAGCGAGAGCCAUAAAAACUUGAUCCGGCCCCGGGGCUGCUCAGAGCGGACCGCCCGCCCGCCGGCCCCUUGCGGAGAGGGGCAGGGAGCGGCGUGGGCGCCUCGGCUGGGCUCCCUUCCACCCCCGUCUCCUGCUCCCCCCUCGCUGUGGGCUUUCCCUGUCCCCUGUUCCGCGGGGGGCUCUGCUGGGCUCCCCGGCCCCCUCCCCUGUGCGCAGGGGGCUCGGCUGGACCCCGCUGCUGUGUGUGCGCAGCGCCUUGUUGAUCCCCUUGCCUCUCUCCCUGCCCCCCAGCCGGCGGCUGCUCCCCCGCCCCCAGCCUCUCCUCCGGCUCUCUCCUCUCUCCCGGCUCCAGACCCCGGUUGUGCGUGUGUCUCGGGGGGAUCCCCGUUUCCCAAGCAGCGCUGUGUGCGCCCCCACCCCGCCUGCUCCUCCAUGGCAGGGCACGAGUGGGACUGGUUUCAGCGGGAGGAGCUGAUCGGGCAGAUUAGCGACAUCCGAGUGCAAAACCUCCAAGUGGAGAGGGAAAAUGUGCAGAAGAGAACCUUUACCAGGUGGAUAAAUCUACAUUUGGAGAAGUGCAAUCCUCCUCUGGAAGUGAAAGAUUUGUUUCUUGAUAUUCAAGAUGGGAAAAUCUUGAUGGCUUUGCUGGAGGUCCUGUCGGGGCAAAAUCUGCUGCAUGAAUAUAAGUCCUCAACCCAUCGUAUUUUUCGGUUGAACAACAUAGCUAAAGCACUGAAGUUUUUGGAGGAUAGUAAUGUAAAACUGGUUAGCAUUGAUGCAGCAGAAAUAGUGGAUGGAAACUCUUCUCUGGUACUUGGACUAAUAUGGAAUAUAAUCCUGUUUUUUCAGAUUAAAGAACUGACAGGCAACCUCAAUAGGAACUCCUCCUCUUCCAGCCUGUCAUCUGGGCCCAGCGGGGCUGACUCGGACACAUCUCAUCCGAGCACUCCUAAUAUAGAGAGAAGCAUGUCUCUUUCAGUGAAGGAUCAGCGAAAAGCAAUCAGAGCCCUUUUAACCUGGGUUCAAAGGAAAACCAGAAAAUAUGGUGUUGCAGUUCAAGAUUUUGCCAGCAGUUGGCGGAGUGGCCUUGCUUUCUUAGCUAUAAUAAAAGCAAUAGAUUCCAACUUGGUAGACAUGAAGCAAGCUUUGGAGAAAUCCGCUCGGGAAAACUUAGAGGAUGCUUUCAGCAUAGCACAAGAUAAUCUUGGUGUUCCUAGACUUCUGGAGCCAGAAGAUAUAAUGGUUGAGUCACCUGAUGAACAAUCAAUUAUGACGUAUGUGGCACAAUUUCUGGAGCAUUUCCAAGAGAUAGAAGGGGAAGAUUUUUCAGAUCCUGAUAAGAAAAUCCCAAUUGAAGCCACAUAUGUCCAAAUCAAAGAUGCAUCUUCAGAACAAGAGGGCAAGAUCUUGAUAUUGAAUGAAAAUGGAGAACGUAUGUACACUGUUAACCAUGAAAGGAGCCACUCUCCUCCUACAAAGGUUUGUGUCCGUGAUUUGCCCGAGGAACUCCAGUCAGAAAUUGCAGAUGAAGAACUUAAUGACAGAUUGAAUCAACCACUAUCAGAUAAUUCACAGAGAGUCUCAGAAGAGUCAUUGGUUUUGUUGUCUGCAGAAGAACCUCAGAGGCCUACCUCUUUGCAGAUUACAGGAUCUGUCAGUUUUGAAUCCAGUUCCUCUUGGGAAGUUCUUAGUGAUAAACUGAUUCAGAAUGAGAGGAGCAUAUCUGAUGAUCAACUAAAACAGAAUGAUGAUCUUUCAGCAACUAUUUUGCCUGAUCAGAAAAAUGCUGUUGACACAGUUGAUUCAGAAUCAUCUUCUAAAGAAGAAUUUACUAUAAAGAUGUCUCCCGAAUGCAACAAUGAAAUUAAGGACUCACUAGUCAAUAAAACAGGGGAUAGUUGUUCUUUGAGCCCAUUAUCUCAAACUUCAGAUGCACAUACAAAUGAACCAACAAAUCUAGUAGAAAACACUGAACCCAUAACUUCAACUUUUCUACAGGAAAAUGCUUCCAAAGAAGAGGAUAUACGUAAAUAUGUUUUGUGUUUACUAGAUGAAGAAAUAUCUAAAAAACUUCCAGACGGGUAUGAACAUCCAAAACAAUCACCUGUUUUUCAGACAGUACAAGAUACCAAUUGUUCAUCCAAGGAUUCUGGUCUCAAAGGUCAAAUGGAAAUAUCUUUGUUUUGCAAAUCUGAAAAUUCAACCCCACCAGUUACAAAAAUUCCUGAGAAUCUCGAUAGUCAUAGUGAAGAUGGAUCUUCAGCUAAAAUGUCACCAAAUUCUUUGAAAGUUUCUGUAAUUCCCCAUGAUCUUUUCUACUACCCACAUUACAACGUUCCCAUAUCAGCAGUUUUGGAAGCUUUUGCUAAGCCUAGUCCUGCCUCUUAUGUUUCAGAAAACAGCAAAAUCUGUGGUGAGCUAUCAAUGAAUUAUUUGCAUGAAGGGGAGCCAUUGGUACUAAACAAUGAAGGAGGCAUUCUGGACCCAGGUCUGCAAACCAACCUGAGUGUCUCUCCAGCAGAAAUGGUUGUGGAGGACAUGGAAGAGGAGAAAGUGGAUCCUGGCAGUCCCACUAAGUCUUCCUCUGAAAAAGUACAGGCUGCCCAAAUAGGAAAGAAUAUGGAACUCAAGGAAGACAGCAGCAUAUCCACAAACUCUCAAGAUUCUACAAAUCCAGAAAAUCCUGAGGUCAUGGUAGACCAGCUGGAGGAUAUAUCGUCAGCAAUGUUGAGAUCAGAAAUAAGCAGUAAAAGGAAGGAAAAAAGGAAAAAUGUGAUCCAAGCAGAAAACUUUCAGACUUCAGAAACUGGGACUACACAGUUACCUGAUAAACAAAAAGAAGAAAUCAUUGAUUAUCAGGAGUUUUCCAGGGUUAGCUACAGCGACUCCAGUGUUUACCUCCGAAAAAGGAUUCCUAAUCCCAGUGAAAAGGAACGCGUUAGUGAAAAUAAACAGAAGAACACAGACAUAAAUGAAAGCACAAAUCUGUUAAUUAUCAGGAAGAAAAAAGACUUAGAGGCUCCGGAGAAUGCUAUUCCACCUCCUGAACCUCCAUAUGUAGAGCAACCCGAGUUAUUUUACUUCAUUGUUUUCCUCUGGGUGCUGGUCUACUGCCUGUUGCUCCUUCCGCAUCUUGUUAGCAACAAAUUUUGAUCUCUGUGAGUGUGGGAAUAAUAAAAGACAGUGGCUUGAUUUUUUUCAUGUGUAUGCAUAUAAAUCGGUUCCUUCAGGUGAAGCACAGAUAAAUAUAGGGUCUGGUUUUAAAGCUGAUACGAAGAUUAGUCUUAACUUACUAUUGUGCUAUUUAUAAUGUUGUAGCACAUUUUAUAUUGUGACAUUGUGUAGAUAUAUAUAGAUAUAUAUAUAUAUAUGAAAAUGGGAUGAUUUAAUAAUACACAAUUUUUGUACAUUUGUGCCUUGCUUUAUAAAAUGCUAAAUAAAAUUGAUAAUUAUUAGUAGAGACACAGAUGAUUUAGAGCUCCACUCUUCAAAAAUGGUUCUUCAAAAAUUGUUCCUCUGGCUACACUUAUUUACCUAGGGCCAUGUAGCUGUGAAAGAAGGGUAAUGUGUGACUUCAUGUCAAAGCUUGGUCAUCCACAUUGGCAGGGCUUGAAAUAAGCUCUUUUCUGUAUUUCCAGUGGAAAUACUUUGGUAGAAGAAGCUUAACCUUCCUCCAUCAAUUAUUCUUCCAUCGUGUGUUUUG